CUGGGCUGAUUGGGAUUUCGGCCUUCAGGCUUUAGUUUAACAGUUGGGAAUUCCCGGCCUUAAAGUAUCAAGCAUGUUACGUAAAAAUUAAAAAAUCAUGGCCUUUUCCCAAACAACAAACAGUGUUAGAUUUCACUCUCAUCAUGGGUCGAAUAUUGUAUUAGGUGAGAACAACACAGUUGCAUAUCGUAAGGCAAGUUUUGCCAACGGCCUAGUUUUUAGUGAGAGGUCGCUUAAACCGGGAGAAGUAUUUUUCGUCAAAAUAACUCAAACUGAAUUGGGUUGGAAUGGACACCUUCGACUAGGACUAACACAGCUUGAUCCCAAUACUUUUUUUGAUUUGCCAUUAAUUUCAUUUGAUUUGCUGCCUCUUGGGCAAACCUGGGUUUUCUCCAUAUUUAAGGCUGGCAAUGAAGAUUCUGAAGUGCGAUUACCAUCAGUUGGGAGUUUAAUUGGUUUGCACUACAAACCCUACAAUGAUUUAUUUGCCCACCUGCACCUGAUUGUUGAUGGGGUUGAUAGGGGAGUUGUAGAAUCUGAUAUCCCAUAUAAUUCUAAGCCCCUUUUUGUAGUUGCUGAUAUUUAUGGAACUACUAAAGAAAUCCAGAUUAGGCAAAUGCAUGAAGUGACUUCUCUUCAGACAGCUUGUAAAGCAGCCAUUAUGCAAAACAUUGCCCAGAAAGCAGUGGGUUCCUUACCACUCCCAAAGUUUCUAAAAGAUUUUCUUUUGUAUAGAUGAAUUUUUCUGUCAUAGUUUAUUCUUGUCAUGUUUUGUUAUGGUAUUCUUAUGGAAUUUCUAUUUCUGUUCUACUUUUCUGUUUGAUGUGAAUACUGAUGUCACUGUCCAAACAAAGAUUCUUGUUAUUUGUUAAACAUUGUUUAGAUUUUAUCUUGAAUAAAUGAUUUUUUUUGUA